CAUGCUAAAACUUUUUUUUUUUUUUUUUUUUAUCAAUUUGAUGUAUAAAAGCUAUGUUUGAUGUAAUUUUAUGAAUUUAGAGUAUUUUUUUAUGAUUUGUGUAUAACUGUAUGGUUAGUUAUUAUAUUAUGGCUUCUUCUAAGAAACCACGCCUUAGAGAUUUGGCUUUGCGCCGUUUGUUAUCUGUGGUGUUUGUUACUUUAUGUGGUGUUGUGAUUUUGAUUUUUUUACUUGGAUCAAAUUCAACACCAAACAUUAGGAGUCAUGAUUUAGAUAGUGUUGAUGAUGAUAGUUCUUCUGGGUAUCAUAGUGAUUUGAUGUUUACAAAGUUGCAAAGUCUUCCUCAACAGACUGAUUUAUCACUGAAAUUGGAAAAACUAAAUGGUAUGCCUCCAAGAAACUUGGAUUUGUAUCCAACUCUUGCUAAGGAUGCUAUCAUUGUUGUUUUGUAUGUUCAUAACCGGCCGCAGUAUCUUAAAGUUGUUGUUGAGAGUCUUUCUAAGGUUGUAGGGAUUAAUGAGACUUUACUAAUUGUUAGUCAUGAUGGUUAUUUUGAGAACAUGAAUAAGAUCGUCGGUGGUAUUAGGUUUUGCCAAGUUAAACAGAUUUAUGCUCCGUAUUCGCCUCAUUUGUUUCAGAAUAGCUUUCCUGGUGUUUCAGUUGGUGAUUGCAAGGACAAAGAUGAUGCGAAAGGAAAACAUUGUGAGGGGAAUCCUGAUCAGUAUGGAAACCACCGAUCGCCGAAGAUUGUAUCGUUGAAACAUCAUUGGUGGUGGAUGAUGAACAUGAUAUGGGAUGGAUUGAGAGAGACUAGAGUGCAUUCGGGUCAUAUUCUUUUUAUCGAAGAAGACCACUUCAUAUUUCCAAACGCAUAUCGGAAUCUACAGAUUCUAACUUCGUUGAAGCCUAAGAAGUGCCCUGAUUGUUAUGCUGCAAACUUAGCACCUUCUGAUGUGAACUCAAGAGGUGAAGAAUGGGAGAGUUUAAUUGCAGAGAGAAUGGGAAACAUAGGUUACUCUUUCAAUCGAACUGUUUGGAGGAAAAUACACAAUAAGGCUAGAGAGUUUUGCUUCUUUGAUGACUAUAAUUGGGAUAUCACUAUGUGGGCAACGGUUUAUCCCUCGUUCGGUAGUCCUGUCUAUACGUUACGAGGCUCUAGGACUAGUGCCGUUCACUUUGGGAAAUGUGGUUUGCAUCAGGGUCAAGGAGAGAAUAAGGCUUGCAUUGAUAAUGGCAUGGCGAAUAUUCGUGUAGAAGAGCCUGACAAGGUUGCUAACAUUGAUUCAGAUUGGGAUGUUCAUGUCUAUAAGAAUCAGCCUGGUUAUAAAGCCGGGUUUAAAGGUUGGGGAGGUUGGGGAGACGACAGAGAUCGCCAUUUAUGUUUGAGUUUCGCCAACAUGUAUCUCUCCAAAGGCACUGCAUCUUCCUUGUAAGAUUUCAGUUUCUGCUUGCUUCUUUUUUUCUCUUAUCUAUACUAGUUUUUUAUUUUUAAUUUGGUUAAUGUGAGAAAAUUAGGUUCUGCAAUACAGGAAUUCAUAUUAGAGCUUUACAAAUAGUUUUAGGAUCCAUAAUCAUACUACCACUAAAUCUUAUGUACUAGUUGUAACACUGAAUUAAUAUUUACUCAUUGUUUCUUCCUCAGAUGAAGGAAGCUUUUUGUAUUAUGUGAACUGAUAUGUCUGUGUGUUUUAGGGGCCUUUGAGGCCCUUAAUUUUAUAUAUAUAUUCAUGUUUUACCAUA